GACUGGAAAGGAUGGUUACUAGAAAUCUGUUCCAGCGGCAGUGGAGACACUUCACCUGAAACUGUUCCUCUCCUCACCUACAGACAGGAGACUACAGAUGCCGGAAUCUGCAGCAGGCGUGCCAGCAGUGCAGACAUGAAGUUAUACAGCCUGAGUAUAUUGUACAAAGGUGCCACAAAGGUUAACCUUCUCAAAGCUGCUUAUGAUGUUUCAUCCUUCGGUUUCUUCCAGAGAUCCAGUGUCCAGGAGUUCAUGACAUUCACAAGUCAACUAAUUGUGGAACGGUCGCAGAAAGGAAACCGAGCUGCAGUGAAGGAGCAAGACUAUCUGUGUCAUGUCUACAUUCGCAAUGAUUCUCUGGCAGGGGUGGUUAUUACAGACAGCGAAUAUCCGUCAAGGGUUUGCUUCACACUACUUGAUAAGGUAUUGGAUGACUUCUCCAAGCAGGUCGACAGUAUAGACUGGCCAUCAGGAAAUCCUAACACUAUUCAGUACACAGGACUGGAUGCUCAGCUGGCUCGCUAUCAGAACCCUCGAGAAGCUGACCCUAUGAGUAAAGUACAGGCGGAACUGGAUGAAACCAAAGUCAUCUUGCAUAACACAAUGGAGUCCCUGCUGGAACGAGGAGAGAAGCUGGAUGAUCUGGUGUCAAAAUCAGAAGUUUUAGGCACACAAUCAAAAGCUUUCUACAAAACAGCUCGGAAACAGAACUCCUGCUGUGAGAUCAUGUGAUCUGCGCACUGGCCCACUCCUCUGCCUUCACUAACAUUUGGUUUUUGAGAAAUGUCUUCAGCCCGUCUGACAAACAGCGGUCCCAUCACAUGGACAAGUACAGAACAUCACACUGAGGCGAGUCCACCGACACCACGAGGCACGUGGGUUGAAGACGGCCAUUUCUUUUGUUUUGAUGUGCAACUGUGAGUGAGAGCGCAGCCUCUUCUGGUCCUCCCUAAAUCGCCGAUGGAGUUGUGAUCGUUUCCCGUUGGCUACUGGCGGUUGUCAUGGUGAUCGCAGCAGCUUUCGGUCUCUGCUCGUGUGUUGUCCCUUGUUAAAAUGAACUUUGUGAAACUCGAUCUGAGUGCUUGUGUGACGCUGGGCGUUCUGUAUGUUCGUGAUAAACCCACCUUGCAGCAUCUGGUGGAGAAUUAACUUGGGGACUUCUUUCCCAUUUGCAAAUGUGGCAGUGUGCUUGGUGUACAGGUUCUGGGUGAUGGUGUCUUCCAUGGUCCACACUGGUGUGCCUUGACAUUGCAUCCAUCACAGCUUAAUACUGUCCCCCCCCCCCCGUGUAGGAUCUGCCUGCCUGUAGAUCAGAAACAGGAGUCUUGUGAUUUGUUACCAGCUACUGUCUUUGCUCGUGUUGAGAUGUAGCAGUUUUGCCCACUAAGCCAUUAGAGCAGGGUUCACGGCCUUGUCUUUUUUAAUGCCAUGGACCCCUACCAUUAACCGAAGGUCUGCUGACCCCAGGUUGAGAGCCCCUGCACUAGAAGAAAGCCUUAAUUAACCAAACUGGCUUGAAUAAUUUGUUUUCAAUGCAUGAGGCAAAAUACCAUAACAGAAUAAGGAUCCAGGGUCCUCUAUUGUGCACUGAUCUAGAUUGUCCAGUUUUGGCACACGGGAAUUGAUUUUGACUAAACCAAAGGUUACACUGAGGCGGAGCCCUGGUGGCCAGUGCUGUGGAAGAUGUGUGUAACUGUGUCUUUCUAAUUAAUCUUUUAAGUGAUGAACUAUUUCCACCAGUGAAGUUAUGUCAUUACUGUAUAAGCUAUUCUCUUGCCCCCCCCCGUGAACUACUUUGAUCAUCUUUUUGGUUGGGGUUUUCCCUUUAACAACGUCACUCACAAGCCGGCUUUGAAGGUAGGAGUGGGGCAGAAUGGAUUUGAAUUCCCUCCACCCCGCUCCCUGGGAAUGGUGGAGAUGGCAGGCGUGCGGCUAAUGUCAUGACCUGGGCACACUCACCAUUAAGGUACCAACCCUAAAGCAAAGCUGCUGAUUCUAAUUGUCUUGUUACAUUUCUGUGCAAAUGUCACCUUGCGUGUGCAUGCACACAGAACUGCGACACUGUUUUUGUUUCCAGUCUCUCCUGCUCAGGUGGUGUACACCAUUAUAGUGAGAUUAUCUCCACGUGGAGAAGUUUAACUUUUAUAUUUGAGGACAGUUUUCAACAAGCAUUCCAAUUUUUGUGCUGUAGCUUGAAAGCAAGUUUUCAUAUUGCCUCUAAUAUAGAAAUGGCUUCUGGAAAUAAUUGGGAAGAUAUCUAGCUCAGGUGGUUAAUGGGUUGAGUUGUUGUCUGAUCUUGGCAAUUUACGAGUGUUUUGUCAGCGUACGAGGAGACAUUGUCAGUGCGCUGUUGAAGUCUCCUUGCGUGGCGACGAAACAUUUGCAAGCAAUUUGCCAAGAUUGGAGAAUAACUCAACCCAACCAGAAAUGACUUCUGUUCACCAUACAAUACCUCAGUUGAGUUCAAGGAAUAUCAGAAAGCAUGUCAGAUUCUGUAGUUCAGCUGCACAAGCCAAGCUUCUUAGAGCUUCACUGAUACACUUAAUUAUUCCAUACAAGUGCAAACCUGUUCAAGGCAAUACCCAUGAUUGGUAGCAAUGAGCAAGUAUGAUUCCACAAUUUAAUGAGUACUUUCCCAGCAACGGAGGGCUGCUUUAAGACUGCACUUCAGUGGCUGGAUUGGAAAUGAUGACACUUUGGAAACUAUGAAUUUCUGGGAACAUAUUCCAUGUACCAUUUUAGUAUUACUAUUUAAUUCAGCAUCUAAUAUAGCAACAAGCAUCUCGCUUAUGAUCACUUUGUGAUUUACUAGAUGUUUAAUUCUCUACCAGGUUCUUUUCUCCCCCUGCCCCCAAACAGAUACACACAAGGGAUUCUGCAGAUGCUCCAAACACAAAAUGCUGGAGGAGCUCAGCAGGGCAGGCAGCGUCUAUGGAUAAACAUAACUUUAGUCUUUGUAAAAUGACAAAUGUUUGUGUAUGAAUACUGGUGAACUAUAUUGGAAAUUAUAUUUGAAGUUACUGAUUUUGUUCUAAAUGUGUUGCUUACUUACACUGUUGUAAUCUUGCCAUUUUCAAAUGUAUAAAGUUUACUUUCAAAAUAUUCUAUGGAUAAAUAGUCAAUGUUUCAGGCCAAGACCCUUCAGGACUGGAAAGGGGAAGAAGCCAGUGUCCUCCCCUAUUAGAUUCAUUCUUCUUUGGCCUUUUAACCUUUUCUACCUAUCUCCACCCUUGUGCUCACCUGCCUUCCCCCUUACCUGGUCUCACCUAUGACAUAUCAGCUUAUACUCCUUCCCUCGCUCCCCUGCCUCCUUCCUUUCCAGUCUCAGUGAAAGCUUUCGGUCUAUAAUGCUGCCUAUUUAUUCCCAUCCAUGGGUGCUGCCUGGCCAACCUAGUUUCUCCAGCAUUUUCUGUAUGUGUCUGUUUCCUCUGACAGAUGCUUUGUUUAAUUAAGCCAACAGACAUCUGUCUUAAUUUUCAGCAAAUAGCCACGUCAUUAGCUGCAUGUUUUUAACCAGCUCUUCAUGGCACGAGCAUUAAGCAGGAAUGUGCAAAGGCUCGUCAGAAUCUGUCAGACCCUGGUCCUGCACAAGCCCCACUGAAGUUUUUAAUCUUGUGUGCCAUCAGAAGUUAAAAUGCAGCUUUAUCAGUUUUCCAGCUUGUUCUGAAAUCUGCUUAUCACUCGUGUUCUGUGCUUUGCAUUACAUUGGUGUAAUGGUUAACAUCUGAAAUAGACUUUCAUCAGUCUGUGAUUUAGAAUCUAAGGGUUCAAACUUAACUACAUUGUUAUCCUGCAUUUUAUCCUACAUUUAAAUGUAGGACUAUUUUAUUCACAUCCAUUGUCUUGGCUUCAUUUGCUACAUUACCUUGUGGAAUCAGUACUGAAGUGACCAGUCUGUGCCCAGACAGAGACUCCAUGUAGAAUAGGGUCACUACCUUUCAUUAUUUUGUUUACAUAUCUUUUGCAAAAUCCACCAUGAUAUUGCAAGUCUCAAUCUUCAUAUCUGGCUGUUCUGGCUUUUGCAAACAUGUCCAGCAAGCGCCUGGAGUCUUUUUCUCGAGUAACACACACAAAAUGCUGGAGGAACAUAGCAGGUCAGGUAUCAUACAUGGAGAGGAAUAAGCAUUUGACAUCUCAGCCGGACACAGACUUUUAAUUCCUCUCCAUAGAUGCUGCCUGACCUGCUGAGUUGCUCCAGCAUUUUGUGUGGUGUAACUCUGGAUUUCCAGCAUCUGCAGAAUCCCUUGUGUUCAUUUUUUUUCCCCGGAUUUCCAGCAUCUGCAGAAUCUCUUGUGUUCAUUUUUUUUCCCCUCUUCUGCAUUGAUGCGUCCUUUUGGAAUUGUUAACACUGUGAUCCUUGGUCCAACCCGUAUCAUGUUCACAAGUCCUGUGUCAACACGUGUGGGGUGUUCCUUUCAUAGCUGCACCACAAGCAAGGAGAACUUCCAAUAUCCUCUACCGUCAUAACUCUGGAAUUUAUUUAGCUGACAUCGUUUGAAUCAAACUGUUUAGUGACAGGUUGCAACAAAAACACUUUCUGCUUAAGCAAGUUUCCACCUUUCUCCAUUUUCCCACUUAAGUAAGGCACAGGCUGACCCUCAGGCCAGAAAGCAGACACUGCCUGCUCCAACAAUACUCACUUCCCUAAAAUACUUAAGUGCUGGGCAUAACAUUACAUCACUGCCUCAUAUGAAAGAGGAUGUCAAAUAACUUUGUAUGUGGCCUUUUUUUUUAAAGAAUGUAUCAUCUUGCUUGAGCUCUCAACAGUUUGGUUGGUGCCUGGCCAUUUCAAUUGAUUGGUGAAGAGUUUCUUGUGUUUGAGCGGAAAGAGAUUUGGGCUACCCUUGGAAAUGGCACAAGCACCUGCAGGAGCAUGGCCUAUGAUGUUAAAGCAAAUCGUGGGGCAGUUAGAAUAAAUCUGUGGCAUUUCUGGUAUGGCUUGCCUCCCACACUGGUUUCCAUAACCACAGAAAGUGUCCAUCAUCCAUAGUCUCAUCCCAGUGAAUGCUGCCUUGAUAACAAUGGGUGCAUCGGAAAGGGGGCUGUACCAUCUGAAAAAACACUCCGUAUAAUGUAGCUACUAUGAGGAUUAAAUACAAUUUGUACAAGUAUUUUGCUUUUUCUAAUCAGUCAAACUGUAAAUGUGCUGUAACAAAUACCUUUAGUCUUAAUUGUAAAAUAACAAAUGUUUGUGUAUGAAAACUGGUGAUCUUUAAUGGAAAUUGUAUUUGAAGUUACUGGUUUGGUUCUAAUGUAUUGAUUACUUACACAGUUGUAAUCUUGCCUUUUCCAAAUGUAUAAAGUUUAAUUUCAAAA